GUGAAGUAUGGGCAAACUGACCCAAGUGCUGCUAAACAUCCUUUGGAGGGUUGUGGUUGGUCGGGUGAGGACCAACCAUGUUCAGUAAUAGUUGGUGUCUUUGGUACUUGUCUAGUGCUGUUCGGUAUCCCCCCAAAGCUUCCCAAAUACCUCCCUCGGACCCUGGCAUGGGUACAUGCUCAUCACCGCACUCAUCUUGUGUAA